UUGCGCGAAGGAUAUGGACUUGAUCGCAUCACUCUCUCUCCAUUCCCAUACGUAUUAGCUGCACUUAGCAGCUCACAUGGUGCCCCAAUGAACCCUCGUCCUCACGGAUCGUCCAACAUACAAUGGAUUAACAGGAAAGACAUGAAUGCCCGCACAGAGGACGGCAUCAGCCUGUGCCAAAGGGCUCUCCAAAUAGUGACGGAGCUGUGCCUAGCAGGGCACGUCGACCGGGAGAAAUGCGCGGAUAUAUUUCCACUGGAGAGCAACAUACCAGACAUCUCUGUAAGUCUCCUAGCUGUGGUCGUAGGUUUCUGUGGCCUCGCCCUUUUGGUAGUCUCUCUCUUUGUCUUUUGGAAGCUGUGCUGGCCCAUUUGGAGAAGCAAGGCGUUCUCAACCAAUGCUGACAACUGCCCUCAGGGGGUGCAAUCUGAGGCUCCCCCAGCCCCACCUCAGGUGUCUCAAUCCAUUUCUCCAUAUCCUGAAACCAAGACGGCCAUAUUCAUGGGAAGACAGCCAACUCAAAACCAUCGAGAGGAUGCGGAGAAGAGAAAGGUGCCAGAGGUAAAGGUCAAUGGACGCAGCUCGGUUAAACUCCUGGAGGCAGCCAUGAAGAUCAGCCAGACGUCGCCAGACAUCCCAGCAGAGGUGGAGCAAGCUCUGCGUGACCGGUUGAGCAAGCAGGCCAAAUUCCAGCGCCAGACGACUGAACCUACCUCUUCUUCCAGGCACAAUUCUUUCAGACGACACCUGCCGCGGCAGAUGAAUGUCACCAGCGUGGACUUCACCAUGGACACUCUACCCGUCCGUCAGUCUUCUACAGUCAGCAUUGGCCGUAUUAAACCAGAGCUUUACAAGCAAAAAUCUGUGGACUCGGAAGAGGGUGCCAAGGAACCUGUGGAAGCAUGUGGAAAGCUGAGCUUUGCCCUCAGCUACGAUUAUGAGGAGCAAGCUCUCGUGGUUCGCAUUCUCAAGGCCCUGGACCUCCCCGCUAAGGACUUCACAGGCACCUCAGACCCCUAUGUUAAGAUCUACCUGCUUCCCGAACGCAAAAAGAAGUUUCAGACGAGGGUGCACCGCAAGACACUCAACCCAACAUUUGAUGAGGAGUUUUGCUUCCCUGUGGAGUACAGCGAGCUGUGCAAUCGCAAGUUGCACUUCAGCGUCUACGACUUUGACCGCUUUACAAGUCACGACAUGAUCGGUGAGGUGGUGGUCGACAACCUGUUCGAGCUGUCUGACCUGUCACGGGAAGCUGUGGUUUGGAAGGACAUCCUGGCCGCUACUACAGAGAGUGUGGAUCUUGGUGAAAUUAUGUAUUCCCUAUGCUAUCUUCCCACGGCUGGACGCAUGACCCUCACCGUCAUCAAAUGUCGCAAUUUAAAAGCCAUGGACAUAACUGGCUACUCUGAUCCAUAUGUCAAAGUGUCCCUCAUAUGUGACGGACGGAGACUCAAAAAGCGAAAAACAACCAUCAAAAAGAACACGCUUAACCCAGUCUACAACGAAGCCAUCAUUUUCGAUAUCCCACCUGAGAAUGUGGAGCAGGUCAGCCUGUCAAUCAUGGUGAUGGAUUAUGACAGAGUUGGACACAAUGAAGUCAUAGGGGUGUGCAGGGCGGGGCCAGAUGCGGAGGGUCUUGGGAGGGACCACUGGAACGAGAUGCUAGCUUAUCCACGCAAGCCAAUCACACACUGGCAUGCCCUAUGCGAGUGGCCAGGAAGAGCAUCAAGUUUUGAGAGUCAAGGAUCCUGUCCAUCUCCAAAACCCCCUCAGACCCCAUAACAACCUGGAAGUUACAAUCCUAAUUGCAAAACACAUCUGGUUUGUAUAGUUAGGUUAUUUGUUAUUUUUUGUAGUUGUAGAUUGUAACCGUUUUACAAUGACACUAUUCCAAGCAUCCGAAUCUCAGUUUCGCUUGCUUUAUUUUAACUGGUGCUGAAUUUAUAUGCUACUAAAGUGAUAGUUUGCAGGACAUUAAAAUGAUGUGGUUAAACAGUGAAGCCUCCUCUGUUUGACAGCAUAAUACUGUCAAUCUAAUUUAACUUUCAUUUUAAAAUGACAGUGCUUAUAUAUAUUAUUGAGCGGGUCAGUUCGAGUCGUUCCCCUCUAUGAUCUAAAUAUUUGACUAAACAAAUGGAAUGUUAGAGAAGUGGAAAAAAAGCUUAGAGAUGUCAUGCAACCAAAUAGUGAUCAAUGAUGUUACAAUUUAAUCAAUAUUUAUUUCCACUAAUAAGGAUAUUUCAAAAUUGUUGAUGGAAAUCGAUAUGCUACCUAGACAACAAAGGGCACAUUUCAAGUUUAAAAUGUAUAUAGCAGGUCAGAGACAGUUUGGAAAAAUCAUUUAUUUAUUAUUCAAUAUUCUUUUGGGGGGUACUGCAAGUUAUAUUAAUUGAAAUAGCUUUGUUUGUUCGAAGUUGAAAACAUUUAAAGACCAUAUUGUCGUAUUGUAAAACCAAUUCAAGAACCAUUCUCUCCUAGAAAUAAACAUUUAGAUUAUUUUCUUUUAGCAAAUUGUUGCACAAAUAGUAUGCUUUUGAAUGAUAAACAAUUUUUCAUGCAAAUUAUUUGUUUAAAUUAUUGUAUAAUUCGCAAAGAUCAUGUCUGCAUCUCUACUUGAAAAUAAUCCCAUAAUGCUUUUACAAAGAAUUAGAGGGAUUGGCUUUAGGAUACACAAUUUAAGACAAAUUUUAUUUAGAUAAACGGUGGCACCGAAGGUCUAAAUUCAAUUAAAAAUGAAUUGAAGUUUUCAGAGUAAUGGUCAGAUGCGAUUCACACAGUAGCCCGAUGUAGCUUGUUGUUAUUGUUUAAACUGAACAAAGAUUGUAAAAUUGGUUCUCCAUAUUAAUAUCCAGAAUAAUAUAUGUAUCAAUUCACAUGACGAUUUAAUCUAGUCAAAUAAAUUAAAUUCUUUCUAAGCAUAAAAUCCUCAUAUCUAUCUGUAUCUCACAUCUAUAAACAAUCAUCCAUCUCCCUCUCCCUUUCUACUGCCAUAAUAUUAUUGAUGCAUGAUUAAAUUUUAAGUGCUUAGAAGCAGUAUAAAAUGUAGCAAACAAUAUUUCCUUACAACAACUAAAACUCUCCUGAGCGAAAUACCAUUGUGUUGAACGAAUAUAGUAUGAAAUUAGCUUGUAAUUCAGAUAAGGUGCUAUAAAUUCUUUCAUGCAAAUGCUAGUGAAACAUGUUAUAUGCAGAUCUAUAUAAAUAACAGGAUAUAUUUUUUCAUCAUUAAUAAAAUGUCUAAAGUGAUUAACUAUGUUGAAGAGGUCAAUCAAGAAUUGGUUCGGGAUGAAAAUGUUAUUUAACCAGAUCAAUAAUGUCUGAAGCAAUGAAAGCUAUUGAGAUUUUUUUUUCAUGUAUAGAACUAAGCAAUGAGAUGAUGCGCUGUCAAAAGCACUAAACAUCCAAAAUAUUCACUCAUUUAUGGUCAUUGAAAAAGUGUGGACAGUACAGACAAUGGACAAACCUUAAUUCACAUUUAAUUUGAAUGAAAUUUACCUGUUAAUUACUUGAUAUUCUGGUUUGUUUUGUCAUUGCAGAGAAUCAGUAUUCCUCAUGUGAAAUCAUCCAGUGUCUGUUUAGUCAGUAUGCAAAUAGCAUCUUGAUAAUUGUACACCAAACAUUUUGAUGCUGGACCCCUUACGUCUGGGGAGAGGGGGGUUUACGGUGUUACUGGUGUGUCCAUAAGUAAUAAUGAAAUCAAACCUGGCAAUUACACAAAAGGCUGUGUACUGUUAACUUUGAUUUGCACAUUUAGACAGUGCUUCUACCCCAGAGCUCGCUCAGAGAAGUAGAAUAAAAGUAAAAUAAAUAAUUGUAGCAUGCUGAUUCCAGUACCAAGAUUUUACUGAUAGCAUUUAAAAACGUAAGCCUUUAUUAUUCCUGAGAAUUAUUAUUUUUUAUUGCAUUAAAAAUGGUGUGUGUACUGUAUAUAUUUAAGAAUUUGAAAUAGUUAUCUUGUUAAAGUGCAUUUGUAUGGAUCGUUUGGUGGUGAUUUGUACUCUGGCCGUGUGAUCUUGAAUAACUUUAUACUCCAAUUGCAUAUAUUGUGUAAUGGCUUUUACAAUUGUAAACUUGUUUUGAUUAGCAUUCAACAUCCUGAGAUUACUUGUGCAAUUGAUAAAAACGCUUCA